AUGGGAGCACAAGAGGCGCAAGGCUGGGACAAUACUUCGACCUCUCCAUACGCGGACGAAACUCUUGUUGAGGACACACUCUCUUCCAACGGAGAUCAGAUCGAUAUCAAGGAUUGGUCUGAAUUAGACAGGGGCUCACAUAUCGACUUUGGCGAUGAAGAAACUCUGCCUAUCGUGCAAGACGUCGCAUUGGAGAGCGAGAAAGAAAAGAGGUCGAAAUACUGA